AUGGUAAUUGCGACACCCAGGGCGGCGCUGCUGCUGCUGUUGGCGCUCCAAGGUCUCAGCUGGUUAGCAACUCUAGCGCAAGCCGAAAGAGAAGCGAUUUCAUCGGAUCUGUCCGAGAUUGUUGCUGACCUGACUAACAGGCCACAUGACGAUGUGUUGCAAGUUAAGGAACCGGCCGGCGGUGGCGACAUCCAUUUGGACGAGAUCGAUCUCGACGACCUACCUGGCGACGCGGGGUCCAGGAAGCUGAUGUCGAGCAUCCUCGGGGGCCCCCUGCCCGGUCUCACGCUCAUUCCGCCGGGAUUCCCCGCUCCCAAGCCGCUGUCCGCGGCCAGCCUCGGCCUCAUGGGCCAUAUGGGAGUCCUCGGAAAGGUCGGGGCCUCGGAACUCGCUUUCGCCUCCUACGUGGUAGAGGGGACGGACCCGGUGGCCAUUGCGCUGCGCCAAUUGAGCAUCGUCGCCAUCGAAUCAUACGGCACCGCCGUACAAAACUCCAUCCGAAGGGCUGUUGCCCGCAUAGACGCGCGCCUGGCCCGCUACUCCUCGUUCCUCAAGCGGGAGGCCAGGGCGCUGAAGAAGGCAGAUGCGCAGGACCUGCUGGCGGCCGUGCAAAGAGAGAUACGGAUGCUGGUGAUCGCCCGGGCUGCACUCAAGGACCUCAGUGCGCGGCAGGUCGCGUACGUCAGGUUCCUGACGUCCGCGGCGUCUUCCUGGACGUCCUGGUUCUACGGCAUACAGCUGGAGCUUAACCGCGUGCUUUACAACCUGGGCGAUGUCACCAGGCUUGUGGGCCUCCUGCUGAAGCCCUUCAUCGAUGCCUGGAAGUUUGAGCAGAAGUUCUUCAACACGCUGUACAACAUCAUUUUCAGGGCGUAUGUACGGGAACGCAACCGCCUGACGAUCACACCGGUAGCCACCCUCAUGUAUCGCUUCGGGAGCGGCAAGAACAUCCAGUUUAUGAUCGACAGAGUCACCUCACUCGCGGAAGCGCUGGGCGCUGGUGGUAACGCGGAUGCGCUACUGGCUGCAGCCAGAAGUGCGCGUGACCAGGUGGCGGCGGCGCUGCAAAUGCCAGCACGCUCGGCCGCUGCAGCAGCAGGCCAGCAGAUGCCGGCGUUGCAGCGGCUGGCGGAUAUGCUCCGAAGCCGUGUCGCCGCCGGCGGAUCUUGA